CCCUUUGGCUGACUUACAAUAGGCAGGGAGGAAAGGUUAGGGUGCUUGGCAUUUCGUUGUGAAGUGCAGAGUCAGAGAUGUGCAAAUAAGAGAGACAAAGUGAACUGACUUGCUUUCUGGAAGGUGAACUGCUGUUCUUGGAUUUAUAGCCACAAGUCAAGCUUGUUAACUUCUUGUCUGCUCUAUGGAUAAUGGAAUUUUAACCAUGUGGCAGAUAGCUGAUCAGCUUCCCUGGAUUUCGCUGACGACACCAUUUUGUUUCGCCUGAAGAUGGAAACAUUGGAGUCGGAGCUGACCUGCCCUAUCUGUCUGGAGCUCUUCGAAGAUCCUCUGCUGCUGCCUUGCGCUCACAGCCUCUGUUUCAGCUGUGCACAUCGUAUCCUGGUCUCCCACUGCACAUCUAACGAGCCUGUGGAAUCUGUCAGCGCAUUCCAGUGUCCUACUUGUCGUUAUGUCAUCACCCUCAACCAGAGGGGUCUAGAGGGACUCAAGCGCAACGUCACCCUGCAGAAUAUUAUUGACCGCUUCCAGAAAGCUUCAUUGAGCGGGCCCAACUCCCCAAGCGAGAUCCGUCGAGAGCGGGCCUUUGACGGCAACGCCAUGACCACAUCCAGUGAAAAAGUGCAGUGCCAGUUCUGUGACCAAGACCCUCCACAGGACGCUGUCAAGACCUGUGUCACCUGUGAGGUCUCCUACUGUGAGGACUGCCUGAAGGCCACCCACCCCAACAAGAAGCCCUUCACAGGCCACCGCCUCAUCGAGCCAAUCCCAGACUCACACCUGCGCGGGCUUAUGUGCUUGGAGCACGAGGACGAGAAAGUGAACAUGUACUGUGUGACGGACGAACAGUUAAUCUGUUCUUUGUGCAAGCUUGUGGGGCGGCACAGGGAUCAUCAGGUGGCAGCCCUGAGCGAGCGGUAUGAAAAACUAAAGAGAUCCCCUGGGAAGUUUUUCAGUCAGAGGAAUGAGCAGGAAGCCUCAGACCAGCAAGGUUUAGACACAAACCUUAGCAACCUAAUCAAGAGGAAUAAUGAACUGGAAACUCUAAUGGGUAAACUCAUUCAGACAUGCCAGCAUGUAGAGGUAAAUGCAACCAGACAAGAGUCCAAACUAAUUGAAGAAUGUGAUCAGCUGAUUGACAUCAUUCAGCAAAGGAGACAAAUUAUUGGAACAAAAAUCAAGGAAGGGAAGGUGGUGAGAUUGCGUAAACUGGCCCAGCAGAUUGGUAACUGCAAACAAUGCAUUGAUAAGUCCUCGUCCCUCAUCACCCAGGCUGAACAAACCCUCAAGGAAAAUGAUCAUGCCCGCUUUCUGCAGACGGCUAAAAAUAUCACUGAAAGAGUUUCCAUGGCGACAGCAUCUUCCCAGGUGCUGAUACCGCAAAUCAACUUAAAUGACACGUUUGACACAUUUGCAUUAGACUUUUCAAGGGAAAAGAAAAUGCUAGAAAGCCUUGACUAUCUCACCGCUCCAAAUCCCCCGGGAAUUCGUGAAGAGCUGUGUACAGCGUCGCAUGAUACAAUCACUGUCCACUGGACAUCGGAUGAUGAAUUCAGCAUUGUCUCCUAUGAACUUCAGUAUGCUAUCUUCACAGGACAGGCCAAUGUAGUUAGUUUAUGUAACUCCGCUGACAGCUGGAUGAUUGUUCCCAAUAUUAAACAGAACCACUACACUGUGCACGGACUGCAGAGCGGCACCAAGUACAUCUUCAUCGUCAAGGCGAUAAAUCAGGCUGGCAGCCGGAGCAGUGAGCCUGGCAAGCUCAAGACAAACAGUCAGCCUUUCAAGUUGGACCCGAAAUCUGCCCAUCGGAAGUUAAAGGUGUCCCAUGACAAUCUAACUGUUGAACGUGACGAGACUUCUUCAAAGAAGAGUCACACGCAGGAGCGUUUCACCAGUCAGGGGAGCUAUGGUGUGACAGGCAAUGUGUACAUUGACAGUGGGCGCCACUAUUGGGAGUCCCUUAUUGGAGGAAGCACAUGGUAUGCAGUUGGAAUCUCCUACAAGUCAGCUCCCAAGCAUGAGUGGAUUGGUAAGAAUUCAGCCUCUUGGGUCUUGUGUCGCUGUAACAACUCCUGGGUAGUGAGACACAACAGCAAGGAGUUACCCAUCGAGCCCUCCCCUCACCUGAGGCGUGUUGGAGUUUUGCUGGACUACGACAAUGGCUUUCUGGCCUUCUACGAUGCCGUGAGCUCUCAGCACCUUUACACGUUUGACAUUUCAUUUGCACAGCCCGUGUGCCCUGUAUUUAAUGUGUGGAACAAGUGUUUAACAGUUUUAACAGGGCUUCCCAUACCAGACCAUUUGGAUUGCACUGAGCUGCAGCCGUGAUCGCCAUGGCAACAAGGAUAGCAAGGACUCUCGUGUAUCCCGGGAUGGAAUGUCUCAGAGAACGUCUUUGGGUGGAACUGUUUUACUUUACAUUAACUUUCUCUGAGCAGUCCAGUCAGAACUGCAAGUGCGGACAUGCCCUGCACUUCACUGUAUAAAUGUAUAAGCCAUGGCUUUAAGUUGUUCUGUACUUUGUACUUAUUCUCUAAUAGUGAAAACAAAUUAUACUAUUUAUGAAAAAAAGGAAUAAUUCGACUAAAAAGAGUAGAAUUGAUUUGCUUUGCACAUUAUUGUUUACUAUUAUAUUUAUGCUUAGUUGGUUUAUUUUGGGAGAUUUUAAAAAGAGGGACUAAAAUAACAACAUCCUUUUAAACAACUUUUUUUUUUUUUUUUUUUCAAUCCAGGGUGUGCUUUUAUUUGGGUCUUCAAACAUGGAUAAAUGGAAUUGAAUUGUUGUCUAUAAUUUUAGGUGUUUCUGUUCUGCCUUUGUAACCAGCAUGCCAAUAUAAUAAGCCUUGAGGAAUGUAGCCUAACAAACAAUUAUUUUUAACAGUAUAUAUGGAUGACUUAGUCAACUGUGUGCAUUCAUGUUGAUAACUGUUGUAAUGUCUUCAGUCCUGUUUAUCCUUUCACAAAUGAUCUAUUAUCAUACUUUUUUUUAAUAAAUGAAAACAAGAGUUAUUAUUUUUAAGCAUUUUUAGUGGAUCAAUAAAAUAUCUUAAUAAUGGAUUGCAAGGCAGGGUAUGCAUUGCUGCACUACAUUUCAUUCUGCACCCAAGACCGAGAACAAUGUCAUGGACUGGAAUAUACAUGCAGUAGGAAAGCUGGCAAGCAACAGGACACCACCUUGGUGGAAAGUGCUAUUAAAAGUCAUCCAGACACACAAUGGAUUCAAAUUAUUAUUUGACUGUCUGAACUGAGAUGACUUUCACCAGUGUAUCUUUCACUUCAAGGAGAAAACUGAAAGAAUGCUUUUCCUGCGUAAUCUGCAUUUUAUUCAUGGGAGCCAAGUCUCCCCCUUCUCUGCUAUGAAUUGUUAAUCACUUUUCAGUAAAUAAACCAGAGUGUUGGUUACAGAUUGCCUGUCUGCUACAAAAGACAUGCAUCUUCUUCCUUCAUUUUCAAUCAGCAUUGGAUUACAUUCAUGAGGUUUCAGUGCUCACCUCCGGUCAGACUGCAGACAAACUUUUGCUUGCUGGUUUGUUUGUUUUAGGGAUAGUUUGUAUUUGUAUUUUUAUUUUA